ACCGUGUCUUCUCCUUAUUUGUAGAUUUCUCCUAUAAAGAGUUUUGAUAGAUUAUUAUUUUUUCGCUUUCUGUGUGCCCCUCGCGGCUCUCCGGAAGAAAAUACCAGGUGCUCUAAUGGCUACAGAACAAUCUUUUCAGUCCUUCUCCUCUUGUUUUUCUAUGUCCCUCACACUUCACACUCUCUUUCAAUAGCUUCACUCAAAAUAACGUCACCCAUUUAAUGGAAUCCUUUCAGAUUAGUAUUUCAGCUAUUCUUUCUUGGAUUCCUUUACCUUUUCUAUCUGAUUCUUGAGUGUCUUUUUGAGCUAAAAUUGAUUAAACAACAAGAAGAAUUUUCUGAGUACUAAUUUCCCCUGUUUUGAGUUAUGGAGGAGAGGCAUGUUCUGUUUCAGAAGUACGAGAUGGGGAGGUUGUUAGGGAAGGGGACUUUUGCUAAGGUCUACUACGGCAAAAACAUUACGACUGGAGAAAGCGUAGCAAUUAAAGUGAUAAGCAAAGAUCAAGUGAAAAAAGAAGGAAUGAUGGAGCAGAUCAAGCGAGAAAUUUCUGUUAUGCGAUUAGUUCGUCACCCCAAUAUUGUUGAGCUCAAAGAAGUAUUAGCAACAAAAACGAAGAUUUUCUUCGUUAUGGAGCACGUUCGCGGCGGCGAGCUUUUCGCUAAAGUUGCUAAAGGGAAACUCAAAGAAGAAAUUGCUCGUAAGUACUUUCAACAGCUAAUUAGCGCAAUCGAUUUCUGCCAUAGCAGAGGCGUUUCGCAUAGAGAUUUGAAACCGGAGAAUCUUUUAUUAGACGAAAAUGAAAAUCUCAAAAUCUCUGAUUUUGGCCUAUCAGCUUUGCCGGAACAAUUACGCAACGACGGGCUCCUCCACACACAGUGUGGAACUCCGGCUUAUGUGGCCCCGGAAGUUCUGAGAAAGAAAGGAUACGACGGAUCUAAAGCCGAUAUUUGGUCUUGUGGGGUAAUUCUUUAUGUUCUUCUUGCUGGAUUUUUGCCAUUUCAGGAUGAAAAUAUUAUGAAAAUGUAUAGGAAAGUUUUCAAAGCAGAAUUUGAAUGUCCGCCAUGGUUUUCCACAGAAGCUAAGCGAUUGAUUUCUAAACUUUUAGUUGCUGACCCAGAAAAAAGAAUUACAAUACCAGCGAUAAUGCGAGUUCCUUGGUUUCAAAAAGGAUUUUCACCAAUAGCUUUUUCUGUUCCAGAAUUAAAUCUAGAGAAAACAGAGGAAGAACAAGAAGAUUUAUCUGCAGUAGUUAUGACUAAAGUUUCUUCCCCAAAAUUCUUUAAUGCUUUUGAGUUCAUUUCUUCAAUGUCCUCUGGGUUUGAUUUGUCGAGUUUGUUCGAAAACAAGAGAAAGACAGGGUCUAUGUUCACUUCAAAGUUCUCAGCGACUGCAAUUAUGAACAGACUUGAAGGCCUUGCAAAAGGGUUGAACUUUAAUAUAGCUAAAGUUAAAGACUUUAAAAUGAGAUUGCAAGGCCCGUCAGAGGGAAGGAAAGGAAAGCUUUCAGUCACCGCUGAGGUUUUCGAGGUAGCUCCGGAGGUAGCCGUCGUUGAAUUCUCUAAAUCGGCCGGCGAUACUUUGGAAUAUGCUAAGUUUUGCGAGGAAGAUAUUAGGCCUGCAUUGAAAGACAUUGUGUGGACAUGGCAAGGCGACACCUUCUGUAACGGUAACGGUGGUGGUGAAGAUUGUGAAAACAAAACGUCAUUAUAGAAAAGCUAAUUGGUCCUACUCCCGAUUAAAAUAGGGUUUGAUUUUUCUUUGGUUUUCAUCUUUCCGGCUGUGACGAUCGGUUUUGGAUUUGUAAUAUGUAAAUACUAUAAUGUGAUCAAUAGCAAGUUAAUGCAUGUAUUUGAAUACGGAAAAUACACCCAAAGUUAAGUAAUACCAAGUCUUUUUAGUUAAUUUGACCAUGACUAGGUUUAGAGAUUGUUUUUGCCAUCGAGAUACCAUAUACCAUGUAAUUGCUAAUCAGUGUAGUAUGAUCCUAGUGUUUGAUUGCAA